AUGGCACAGUUCAUACCAAGAUCGUCUUUCCAAAUUCCUGGAACCAUUCCAAAAACAUACUUCCUGGGCCAUCACCAUGCUGGGGCCAACAAAAUCAAAACCAUCCUCCCAAAUAUAUCCAUCGUAUUGGAAUGCCGAGAUUUCAGGCUACCGUUAUCUACACAAAACCCAAGUCUCGAGCGAGCAAUUGCAGGACGGCAGCGCAUUGUAGUCUACACAAAAUCUGACCUUGGUACCGACAGCACUACUGCGCGUCAGACUCUGAAGAGGAUAUAUGGAGACAAUGCUGUGUUCUGGGACAAACAGAAGCCAGCCACAACCACUGCGCUACUCAAGAGACUCAAAGACUCCGCGCGUGCCGUUGACUCCUUGGUCGGCCUGCGGGCUUUAGUCGUUGGCAUGCCAAACGUAGGCAAGAGCACACUUCUGAACUCCCUUCGCAAUGUCGGUAUAUCGGGCAAAGUGGCCAAAGCUGCGAAGACGGGCGAUCAGGCUGGAGUAACACGCAAGAUUGGGACCGCUGUCCGUAUCGUCCCGUCGGAAGAUAAAGGGGGUGUCGGCGGCGGAGUCUUUUUAAUGGAUUCCCCGGGGAUAUUUCAACCUUAUGUCGAGGACGGGGAAACCAUGAUCAAAGUCGCCUUGGCUCAUGGUAUUAAGAAAGGACUGAUACACGAUGAAAUCCUGGCAGACUACCUUCUCUACACCAUGAAUCGGCGGGACCCCACACUCUACAAGCGGUACUGUGAGCCAACAAACGACAUUGGCGAGUUUCUCACUGCUGUCGCAAAGAAGGAUGGGAAGCUGAGGACAGGAGGCGUCCCGAAUAUACCUGAAGCAGCUGCGAGAGUACUUUCACAGUGGCGUGAAGGAAAACUUGGGCGCUAUGUGCUGGAUGAUCUUUCCGAAACUAGCAUCUUGACUCACCAAGCAAACAUUGAGCAGCCAUCUCAAAGCAUGAGCCAGGCCAAAAAGCAGCAGAAGAUGGAAAGAAAACAGACCAGAGAAGGAACUUAG